UGUCACUCUUUCCUAACCUAGUUUUGUUUUAUUUAUUUUUACUGUUAUCUUAAAAAUAUCAUAACAGAAUGGACUACACAUUUAUACCAAAAUCACUCUCUGACGACGAAAAGAGUAAAUUGGAACAACAAAAUUCCAGAUUAGUCCCUGAUUACAAAGCUAAUGAUUUAGAAAAGAAUGCUAAAAAAUACUGGGAUUUGUUCUACAAAAGGAACGAAGAGAGAUUUUUCAAAGAUCGACAUUGGACAACUCGGGAAUUCAAAGAACUAUUAAAUGAAAAGGACGAUGAAGAGAAACGAGUGAUUUUCGAGGUAGGAUGCGGUGUAGGAAAUUUUAUAUUUCCUUUAGUGGAAGAGAAUUUGUUUUCAUAUAUUUAUGCUUGUGAUCUAUCACCAAGAGCCGUUGAGUUUGUGAAGAAAAAUCAACUCUAUAAUGUAAAUACUAUGAAAAUUUUUCAAUGUGAUAUAACUACUGAUGAUGUUCACCAAGAGAUUGGCAAAAAUGAGAUUGAUAUUGUAACUUUAAUAUUUGUAUUAUCUGCUAUACACCCAGAUAAGUUUAUAUCAACAAUUAGAAAUAUUUUUGAACUUUUAAAACCAGGAGGUGUGCUUUUAUUCAGAGAUUAUGGACUUUAUGACAUGGCCCAAAUUAGAUUUAAGGCAGGUCAUAAAAUAGCUAACAAUUUCUACAUGAGACAAGAUGGAACAAGGAGCUUCUAUUUUGCCCCAGAAUAUAUAGAGGAUAUUUUCACAAACGUUGGAUUCCAAAUUAUAAGUAACUGUUAUGUUCAUCGUAGGACAAUAAACAUAAAGGAAAAUAUUGAUGUUCCGAGGAUAUUCAUUCAAUCGAAAGUUAUGAAACCAAGAUGAUAUUAGGUUUCUUCUAGAAUAAAAAACCUAUAAUGUCAACCAAUUUUUUUUAUUAAUAAAAUAAUUUAAACCUA